AUGAUCAGACCGACACCCGUCCUGCGAAUGCAGGCGACGCGAGCCCUUCGAUCGGGCGCGCACCCAGAUCCCAAGGCAGGAAAAUACAUAGGUGGCUGGGGAGACUUCGGCGGCCAAAAGCAAAAGGGAAUCAUCACAUACGCUCUCUCUGCCAACCAGCAAAGACCUCUCGCUGGCACGAUGCACGCCGCAGUCUUCAACGUCGCUCGACGAACAGCCCACCAGAUUCUCUACUGGUUACCGCCUCUGCUACUAGGCUAUACGUUGAUGGCGUGGGCGACCGAGAGGAACGAAUACCUCAACUCGAAACCAGGCAGGGCUGAGUUUGCCGAUGAAGAGUAG